AUGAACGGGUUGCUUGACUAUAUUGAGGGAACCAUUCAGCAUAUGAAGGACGAGCAUGCUGACUUGAUCACCGAAACAUUCUCAACUCUCUAUGCCGACUACGAGACUAAUCCAACUCAAGAAAACUUGAACAAAGCUGUUACCGGACUUCAAGAAGUGUACAACAUCGCAUCGGUAGGCGGAGAUGGAAGAUCGCCUCCGCUUCCAACUCUGAAGGAGCUCGCUGAUAAGAUUUAUGAGUGUGCUCAGACUGAGCUCCGCAUGGUGCAUGGAGAGGACUUCACUCUGCCAAGACAGCAUAUCGACAUCGACUACGACGACUGCCCCACCGACGAAGUCAGUUCAAUCAAUCAUCACAUCCCGGAAAUCCAACGGUUGAAGACUUCGUUGUAUCGCAACGUGUGCUGCAUCUACCACAAAACCAUUCACGCCGUCAAUGCCAGUCUUCUCAACAUUGUCAUCGGAAACCACUCGGAGUCGAACAACCAGUUGACCGAGUCCAUCUGCGGAUUGAUCCAUAACAAUCUCCAGCUUCUCCGCAACUCCGUCGAGAUCCAUCUUCGCCGCAUGGGUGACGCCUAUCUCGAUUAA